UCAUUAACCGACGACGACGCCGCCGCCGCCGCAGCGCGCGUAAUAUUGCAUCUUGGAUUCGCAAAUUUCUUCUUUGUUUAGACUCUCUUUCUCUGUGUAUGUGUUGUGUGUGUGUGUAAGUGUGUGCGUGUGCUUUUUACUUGCAAAUGCGUGCGUGUGCGUGUGUCUGUGGCGGCAGAGCGCGGGAGGCGGCGUCGGAGGUGGGGGGGCGGCGCCGGACGGUGGUGUCCCACGGGUCUCGCGUCGGGUACGACCCUCCAGCGGAGAGCCGGGUCCGUGGGCCGGGUCGGAGGAUCGGGCCGGAUCGCGACGGGCCGUUUUUUAUUUUGACAUUUUUAAUUGCGGGCCUGUACUCUUUAUUCUGCGCAUUUUCAUUUGGAAUAGGGGAGGGGUGGGCGGAACGCACUAUUUUUUAGUGCUGGCUUAUUACGGCAGAUGUCUCAUAGCUAUGUCCCAAUAAAGAAUAAGCGAGCAGUCAUUUUUUGCGCGUUUGAAUUUUUAAUAUAAACGCAGUCGCGGGUUCGAGCUGAUAUGAUACGGUGCUUUGUGCGGUGCGAGUGCGAUCACAGCUUUUUUUAUCAUCAUCAACACCACCACCAACAACAACCACCACUAUUAUCCUUUUUUCGCGACGCCGAAACCGAGCGGCAGCAACUAAGGAAGGACGACACCAUCAACAACAAGCAACAAACAAUAUAAGAAAAGAAAAAAUUGAAUUUUUCAAGUUUACAUUAUCCAUCAAAUAAUUGUACAUUUCGGAACGGAGGAUAAUUUUUUUUUUCAUUUUGUCCAACAAAAAUAAAAACGGCUACGGGAAUUCCGCAACCCCAAUAAUAUUCGUACUUCUUUAUUCUGAACACGCGAAUACACACAUCCGGCCUCCGAAGCAGGCGAAAAUAAAGACUGGCCAGUUGCAGGACGAGAACCGAAAAAGAAUAAACCAAGUAUAUUAUAAUACAAGUACGGCGAUGCAGCUACGUUGAAGUGCAACACGUUUCUCACCCUGGGCAAACAUUAGAACAUGGAUAUACUUAUUUCCCAAACAAAUUUUGUUUUCGUACAACACUCGCUCCAUUUCUAAGGUAAUUAACGUUAACGAUGGUAGAUACACAACAUUUCUGUCUACGUUGGAACAACUACCAGAGUAGUAUAACAUCGGCGUUCGAGAAUCUGAGGGACGAUGAGGACUUCGUCGACGUCACCUUGGCCUGCGACGGGAAGAGCCUGAAGGCGCAUCGGGUCGUCCUGUCAGCCUGCAGUCCAUAUUUCAGAGAAUUACUUAAGUCAACCCCUUGUAAGCAUCCUGUGAUAGUCCUUCAAGACGUAGCCUGGACAGACCUGCACGCACUCGUGGAAUUCAUAUACCAUGGGGAGGUCAACGUGCACCAGAGAUCACUCUCGUCCUUCCUCAAAACUGCGGAGGUCCUGCGGGUCAGCGGCCUCACGCAGAAACACGCAGAUGACAGAGAGCUAGCGCAUGUACAAAGUCUGGUCAGGGCCCAGCAGCAGACGCCUUCGUCGAAUCACCAUCCGGCAUUCCCCGAUAAACUUAUGGACGAGUCGAUCUUCACGUCGCCGUCGUCGCCGCCUCACAGCGCGACGACCGUGAAUCAGCUGCUCCGGAGGGCGGCGAUGCAGAACCGCAGGGACAGAAGGAUAAGCCAGGAUCCUGAGGGCGACCACAAGCGAUCACGGAACGAACACUUGAACAACAACAACAACGAGCUGAACCUGUCCCACCAUCAGCCGCCGCAGACGCAACCGACAGAUUUCUCGCCGACGGCGAUGAAGAAUAACGUAAAUCCUAUACUGAAUUCUAUCAAAACGGACAUCGAGGGUAACGGGAUCAGCUCGACGGAGCACGGUUCGAGUCCCAGCUCCCCAUCGCCCACGAAUAAUUCGAGGGAUGAGAUCAAGACAGAACCGAUGGAUCUGCUAUGCACGACGAACCAGGAUGAGAACAGUAACGAUUCCAAUGAGGCGGCUAACGAUAACGGGCCUAAUCUGCCGCAAGGACCCCAUUCUGGGAGCAGCGGCGGCGGCGGUGACCACGACGACCACGACAGCCCCAUCGGACCUUACCUCACACCCAAUGAGAGCAAACUGUUUGCCACCGCCGCCGGCAGCUACAACUUCAGCAUGGCCACCCUCGCUGAUCCAGCUGCAUUGGGAGUGUUCUUCCUUCCAGGUCUCGGACAGUCGUUCCAAGGAGGAGACAGCCUGGCGGGAACAUCUCAAGGUGCGGACGAGUUCAGAUGCCAACCAUGCAACAAGAGUCUGUCGUCUCUGACCCGACUGAAGAGACACAUUCAGAAUGUCCACAUGAGGCCAUCUAGAGAGCCAGUUUGCAACAUUUGCAAGAGAGUCUACAGUAGUCUAAACUCGUUGCGAAAUCAUAAGAGUAUUUAUCACAGAAACGUCAAGAAUGUCAAGACGGACGACAUUAUCCCGCAGCACCACUCGUUUUUCUUGUGAACGGCGGAGGCGUCGUCGUGACCUUCUCAAUUUCUGGACUCGAAGCGACCUAACGCGACUCAAACAAUACAGAACAAGAGAAACAAACUAAAACUGUCCACGAAGCCCAUAGGAGAUCAACGUUUUGUUAAUCAUCUCCAUCAUUAUUAUUAUUAUUUUUUUUACUGAGGGCUUCGUACAAACGUCCCGCGAGAAGAGUAACCUUCUCAUGUACAGUAGUAGUUUUGAUCGAAGAUCGCACUUCUUCGACAUGCAAAAAAAAAACAACUCCGCUUUUACACUUUCUUUUCU